AUGCGUUUCUCAUGGACUUUACCACUGUUACUAAGUGCCAAUGGCUGUGCUGCUGCUUGGAAGGAAAGACACGUCGAUUUGGUGAUGAAUAUUGACGAUUACUAUGAUCAAGCCAACAGUGUGGAUUCAUAUACCAUGGUGGAAUAUACAACCCAAUGGUGCCACCAUUGUAAAACUUUAAAGCCCAUCUUCAGGGACUUAAUGCUGUCCUAUGAUGACGAUGAAGGCAAACUGCCCAUCAAAUUUCUCGACCUCAGCUGUGAAGUUUUCAAUUCCCACAAGGUAUGUACUGAAUUGACUGGGUUCCCUCAGAUCAAUUUUAUUGUGCCUAGAGAUGAACCGCUAGUACUACAUGAACCAGACUAUACAUCAAUGCCAUUCUAUCAAAGAUGGUGGACACGCUUCAGACGCCACAUACAAGAUCCUAAAUGGCAAUUGGAUAAGGAAAGAGUUUAUGGAUACAGUGGUAAUAGAGAUGUGGAAAGUAUGCGUAAUUUUAUUGAAACUAUUAGAUCCAAGCAUGAAGUACAUAGAUUGGCACUGAGAGUUACUAAACCUGAAUAUGAUUGCAAUGAUGAAAAUGAUGAGCAAGAAAUAGAAUUAUGUCAAUUGGGUCAAAACUAUGCCAGACAAUUAGAUAUUAACAAUUUGGAUGCGGAAGAAUCCAGAUUAGAAAAUCUGAUUGCCAACAAUAACGAAGAUCAAUUGAAGACUGUUAAGUUCCAAUUGGAAAUCGUUAAAUUGUUAAAACCAGGACCAAUUCCAGAAAAAACCGAAGAAAAUGUCCAAGAGCACGAUGAGUUGUAG